AUGCCUUUCAACAAGGCCAUGUCUUCCGUGAUUCGUCAAAGGCCGGACUUUCACUCCUUAACCUCAAGUGAAGUGUUGGAUGAGUUUAUUGCUAUGAACAUCAUGAACAAGACCGCCGACAAUGCUCUUGCUCGGGUCCGGUCGAAGAAAAGCAAUCCCACUCUUGCUUUGAAAGCCAAGGUGAUUCUGGAAGAAGAAGAGGAACAUGAAGAGGAGUGUGGCCCCGAGGAUACCAAAUAUGCUUACCAUGAGCACAUGGCUCUUGCAUCAAGGCAUUUUUGGAGCAACAAGAGGAACUCAAGGCCCAACUCCAACAAGAACAACUCUAGUGGAUCAAAGAACAAGCAACGUGUAAGAACUUGCUACAAUUGUGGCAAUGUGAGUCACUUUGUAGUGGAUUGCCCUUACGAGAAGAGGGAAGACAAUGGUGGCAAAGUCAUUCGUAAAGAUAAAGCCAAGUCCUUCCCUAGCAAGAACAACUUCACCAAGAAGCCACCUCCAAAGGGUUUGGUGGCACAUGAAGAGUACCCCUCUGAUGAUGAGGUGGAAGAUACAAGUGGAGAAGGAAUGGAAACGGCAACCAUUGCCAUUGCUACAUCUUCUCCCUCCAAGGUGUCUCUCUUCGGCGCCCCCAACGAAAACACCAUUGCCAAGUGUCUCAUGCCCAAAGGUAUCAACAAGGUAACUCCGAACAUCAAAACCACCAUCAUUACUACACCUUCAUUGUUAGAUUGUGUUGAUGAUAGUGAGGUGGAGAAAGUUGAUGAGAAUGAGUUCACCAAGUUUGUGAGCAAGCUCAAGGGUGAAUCCAAGAAGCACUUUGUUGCUUUCUUGGAAUAA